AUGGACAAUACUAAGAUUUCGUUCUAUUUUCAGUUGAUUUUCAUUUUGAUUCUUUUUUUAUUUUUUUUCAUUCUGUUUUUAUUCAUUUUUCCAUUUUCUUUUCCAGACAAUUUUUUUCAUUCUCUCAUCCCGCUUUUUCUUUGCUAUUUUCAUUCAAUUUCGUUUCCAGACAUUUUCUUUCAUUCUCUCAUCUCACACUUUCUUCGCUAUUUUCAUUCAAUUUCGUUUCCAGACAUUUUCUUUCAUUCUUCAUUCUCUCUCAUCUCACUCUUUCUUCGCUAUUUUCAUUCAAUUUCGUUUCCAGACAUUUUCUUUCAUUCUCUCAUCUCACUCUUUCUUCGCUAUUUUCAUUCAAUUUCGUUUCCAGACAUUUUCAUUUUCAUCUCUCUCUUUCUCACUAUUUUCAUUCAAUAUUUUCAGACAUUUUCUUUCAUUCUCUCAGACAUUUUCUAUUUUCAUUCAAUUUCUUUUCCAGACAUUUUCUUUCAUUCUCUUCUUCGCUAUUUUCAUUCAAUUUUCUUUUCCAGACAUUUUCUUUCAUUCUUUCUUCAUUUUCAUUCAUUUCGUUUCCAGACAUUUUCUUUCUUCGCUAUUUUCAUUCUAUUUUCAUUCAAUUUUUCCAGACAUUUUUUUCAUUUUCAUUCUAUUUUCAUUCAAUUUCUUUUCCAGACAUUUUCUUUCAUUCUCUCAUCUCACUCUUUCUUCGCUAUUUUCAUUCAAUUUCUUUUCCAGACAUUUUCUUUCUUUCCCUCUCUACGCCAUUUUCUAUUCUCUCAUUACGCUAUUUUCCUUUAUUUUUCACAUACUAUUUUUUUUCAUUCUACGCCAUUUUCUAUUCUCUCAUUACGCUACACCACUAUUUUUUCAUUUUUUAUUUUCUUUUUUUUUCCACUUUUAUUCUUGCUGUACGCUAUUUUCUUUGAUUUUUUUUUCACUCGCCAUUUGCAUUCAUUAUCUCAACCACCAUUUUGUUUUACUCCCUUAUUUUAA